UCGGCCCGGCUUCGAUCGACUCGCUCCUUCUCGUCUCGCCGUCCUGGACUAAGGCAGAGUGCAGAGCGUGUGUUAAGCCAACAAACAAUGAAUACCACCCCAGGCACAGUGGGCAGUGACCCUGUCAUCUUAGCAACUGCAGGCUAUGACCACACGGUGCGCUUUUGGCAGGCUCACAGUGGAAUCUGCACUCGAACGGUGCAGCAUCAGGAUUCUCAGGUGAAUGCAUUGGAGAUCACGCCAGACCGAAGCAUGAUUGCUGCUGCAGGUUACCAGCAUAUCCGAAUGUAUGAUCUCAACUCCAAUAACCCCAACCCCAUCAUCAGUUAUGAUGGAGUCAAUAAGAACAUUGCGUCCGUGGGCUUCCACGAGGACGGGCGCUGGAUGUAUACAGGCGGGGAGGACUGCACAGCUCGCAUCUGGGACCUCAGGUCCCGGAACCUGCAGUGUCAGCGUAUCUUCCAGGUGAAUGCACCCAUUAAUUGUGUGUGUCUGCAUCCCAACCAGGCAGAACUCAUUGUGGGUGACCAGAGCGGUGCUAUCCACAUCUGGGACCUGAAGACAGACCACAACGAGCAGCUGAUCCCCGAGCCUGAGUUUUCCAUCACGUCGGCCCACAUUGACCCCGAUGCCAGCUACAUGGCAGCAGUCAAUAGUGCGGGAAACUGCUAUGUCUGGAACCUGACGGGGGGCAUUGGUGACGAGGUGACUCAGCUCAUUCCUAAGACCAAGAUCCCAGCCCACACACGCUAUGCCCUGCAAUGCCGCUUCAGUCCCGACUCCACGCUUCUUGCCACCUGUUCAGCUGACCAGACAUGUAAAAUCUGGAGGACAUCCAACUUCUCCCUGAUGACAGAGCUUAGCAUCAAGAGUGGUAACCCUGGAGAGUCAUCCCGUGGCUGGAUGUGGGGCUGUGCCUUCUCAGGGGAUUCCCAGUACAUCGUCACAGCUUCUUCUGACAACUUGGCCCGGCUCUGGUGUGUAGAGACUGGAGAAAUCAAGAGAGAGUAUGGUGGCCACCAGAAAGCCGUCGUCUGCUUGGCCUUCAAUGAUAGUGUGCUGGGCUAGCCUCGGCCCCUUGAGGCUGCAUUGGGCAAUCAGGACUGCCUGGUAUGGUGACUCUAAGAGAUGUAUCUGAACAAUACCCGGGUCCAAGUGAGACUCUUGGGUCAGCCUCUGCAUGUCAGGCCAGUUGGACCUGACCACACUACCGCCGGCCGCUCUUGGCCAACCUAGACUUUGGCUACUCUACCCUGGGACUCUCUCCAUGCCCAGUUUGUUGUCAGAAAGCUCACUAAGCCAGGCUACGUGUGCCUGGAAUGGGAGUCUUUUCUCCUUUAGAGAGAUUAGACCUACAGGGCUUGGGACUGUUGAGAAGAUUGAGGGAUGAUCCUGUAUCCCAGGUACGUUACCCACACUCGCUUCAGAAAUUACCAUUAUGGCCAGGCAAUCUGGGUUUAUUCACACCUACUGUCAGCUGCCUUCCGUGGGUACUGGUGACCUUGCCAGCUUGCUGACCUGUGGGGACAGGACUGGCCUGUAGGACCAAAGGCCAGGAGGGCUUGGUCGGGGUCUUAGUCUGGGAGGUAAUAAAAGCAGACAGACACACA